CACACCCAGGACGGAGCCAUGUCUCCCGCCAUUGCAUUGGCCUUCCUGCCACUGCUGGUGACCUUGCUGGUGCGGUACCGACACUACUUCCGGCUUCUGGUGCGUACAGUCUUGCUAAGAAGCCUCCGAGACUGCCAGUCAGGCUUGCGGAUUGAGGAACGGGCCUUCAGCUACGUGCUCACCCAUGCGCUACCUGGGGAUCCUGCUCAUAUCCUAACUACACUGGACCACUGGAGCAGCCACUGCGAGUAUCUAAGCCACAUGGGGCCUGCUAAAGGGCAGAUUGUGAUGCGGUUGGUGGAGGAGAAGGCCCCCACCUGUGUGCUGGAACUGGGCACCUAUUGCGGAUAUUCCACUCUACUUAUUGCACGUGCGCUGCCGCCUGGGGGACGCCUCUUCACCAUGGAGCGAGACCCACGCACUGCAGCAGUGGCUGAGAAGCUCAUCCGCUUGGCUGGCUUCGAUGAACGCACGGUGGAGCUCAUUGUGGGUAGCUCGGAGGAGGUGAUCCCGCGUCUUCGAAGCGAGCAUCAGCUGAAUCGGGCAGACCUGGUGCUUUUGGCACACCGGCCCCGACGUUACCUUCGGGAUCUGCAGCUGCUGGAGGCCCACGCCCUACUGCCAGCUGGUGCCACUGUGUUGGCGGACCAUGUGCUCUUCCCGGGUGCACCCCGCUUCCUGCAGUAUGCUAAGAGCUGUGGUCGAUACCGCUGCCGCCUCCACCAUACUGGCCUCCCAGACUUCCCUGCCAUCAAGGACGGCAUAGCCCAGCUCACCUAUGCUGGACUUGGCUGA